UGCAGUAUUCAGAAGCAUCCUAUGAUGUUCAGCAUCAAAUAAUCAUUCCUGGGUUCCAUCCGUUCACGCAGGCGCUAUUAGCGCACAAACAUCGGAAGUACAUGCAUUUAGGAGUAAACGGGACUUUGGCCGUUGUACGGGAUGAGUAUUGGCCUAUCAACGGCAAACGAGCUAUUCGCAGUGUCAUACGGAACUGUUACCGAUGCUGCAGAUCCAAGCCUCAACCCAUUCUUCAACCUGAAGGGCAGCUUCCCAUUGGACGAGUUACUCCUGCAAGUGCUUUCACUAGCACAGGACUGGAUUACUGUGGUCCCUUCCUGCUUAAACCGUAUCAUCGAAAGGCAGCAGCUCAUUUGUCUAUCGUCGAGGCAAACCAUUACACAUCUAUUCGGACAACGGAACGAAUUUCAUUGGCGCUAAGAAUGAACUACACGCCAUCUACAAGAUGCUCCAACAAGAUCCAUCACAUAGUAUUGCAUCAUAUUUGGCUGAUGAAGGAAUUCAAUGGCACCUCAUUCCACCACGCGCACCCAACUUCGGCGGACUUUGGGAGGCCGCUGUUAAGGCAGUGAAGACUCAGCUCGUUCGUCAGCUCGGCACAGCUUUAUUGACUUCGGAAGAGUUAAAUACCGUCUUAAUCAAAAUAGAAGGCUGUUUGAACUCCCGACCUUUACUUCCUUUAUCAGAAGACCCGAACGACCUGGCAUGUUUAACACCGGCACAUUUCUUGCUUCAUGACAAACUACGGGUUUUACCUGAAACCCAACUGAACGAGAUACCCAUAAAUCGGUUAAGCCGAUAUCAGCUUCUGCAGCGGUACAAUCAGUCUCUUUGGUCUCGAUGGAAGCAGGAAUAUCUAAAAACGCUGAAUAUCAAUCAUCGAGCUAAGCGAAACGAACAUCGAUUAAAAACUGGAGACAUCGUAAUCAUGAAGGAUGAUAAUUUGCCAGCUGUGGAAUGGCCACUAGCUAGAAUCAUCCAAUUACAUCCAGGAUCGGAUGGAGUCAACCGUGUGGCAACUUUGCGUACUAAAAGCGGCAUCCUCAAAAGAGCAGUAUCCAAGAUUUGCCCUUUAGAGUGUGCAAACGAAUAGCUGUUGAAAAACUAAGUAUUUCAAGGCGGCCGGUAUGUUGUGUCCAAAAAAUCAUUAUAUCACAACUAUGCUACGCGAGCGUAGCGUUCUCGAGUGCACCAGCGUGUCGUUCUCGAAUGCGCGCACGUGAUCCAAAAAGUGGUAUAAAAGGAGGAGCGAGGGGCGAGGAAGAUUAGUGUUCGGUCUUAAGUGGAAGCAGCAGCACCGGUUCAGCAGCCCGCUAGCCCCAUCGAGGAAGACGCUCUCUGGCUUUAGGCCCAACGAGGAAGACGCUCUCUGGCUUUAGGCCCAACGAGGAAGACGCUCUCUGGCUUUAGGCCCAACGAGGAAGACACUCUCUGGCUUUAGGCCCAUCGAGGAAGACGCUCUCUGGCUUUAGGCCCAACGAGGAAGACGCUCUCUGGCUUUAGGCCCAUCGAGGAAGACGCUCUCUGGCUUUAGGCCCAACGGGGAAGACUCUGGGCUCGCGCAGCAACAAGGGGACUCCCAGGCUUUCGAGCCAAAACACAAAAAAACAACACAACGUAGGGAGAAGUUUAAGUGAAGUGAAUAAAUCAGUUUAUCCAUGACAAA